GCCGCGGGUUCGAGUCCCGCAGGCGGCACGAUGGCUCACAAAGGGUUCAAAAUCCGCAGGCCGAGCAGUGACCGGAAAUACGGGGUGGCGGCGGGAAGCCUGAAGGAGCUGCUCCCGAAGGCCUGCCGCCUCCUGCAGCUCCCUUUCUCCGGCUCUCGGCUGUGUCUCUAUGAGGACGGCACGGAGGUGACGGAAUCUUAUUUUCGGAAAAUCCCAGACAAUUCGGAGCUGAUCUUGCUAGCCCCAGAGGAAGAGUGGCAGGGCUACGUGAGUGAGAUCCAGCACUUUCUUGACGCGUUUUCCAGCCGGACGGACGCCGUUGUCCACGCGGCCCGGGGGUUGCUCUCUGACGAGGACGCGCCCAAGAGAAGGAAAUUGCUGGCAGAUCUUAUUCAGAACCUCAGCGAAAAUAUUUCUGCGGAAAGCCGAGAAGAAGAUGAGAAAUGGUUUGAAGGGGUUGAAUCUCGCUUUAAGACCAAGUCCAGUUACAUGCGCUACAGCUGUGAGAGCAGGAUCCGAGGUUACAUGAAAGAGGUUGGCAGCUAUGCGUCCGCCGUCCGCCCUUCCGCCCAAGCGAAAUUCAAACGGAUUGCGGAAGCCAUGCUGGAGAAAUUGAAGUCGGAGAGGUACAAUGGCUGUUAUUUCGACAGGAGCGGGGCUGGCAAGGCCUGCCUUUGCACGCCUGAGGGCUGGUUCUCUUGCCAAGGACCGUUUGACGCUGGUGAUUGUCCCGGCAGACACUCCAUCAAUCCCUACGGGAACAAAGAAAACCGGAUCCUUUUCAGCACUUGGAACCUCGACCACGUAAUCGAGAAGAAGCGGACGGUCCUCCCAACUCUAGCGGAAGCCGUCAAGGACCGGGACGGCAGGGAGGUGGACUGGGAGUAUUUCUACCGCCUGCUGUUCACCGUAGAGAAUUUGAAACUCGUUCACAUCGCCUGCCACAAGAAAGCCACCCACAACCUCAGCUGUGACAAAAGGAAGAUCUACAGAAAACAAAAACAGACCCGCCGGAUCCGAAAGCAACGCCUCCUGGAAGCCAAGUGACCUGUUUCUAAGGCUGGGAAUUCUAAGGCAUUAGAAUCAUAGAAUUGUGGAAUUGGAAGGUACCACAAGGAUCAUCUAACCUUUCUCAA